UGGCGCUCCAGACCCAUCCUCAUGCCCCAAGGCAGGUCACAUGACCCUCCUUCGCUCUCUUCGCACGAUCCUCGGCGUCCAAGGCACUCAAUCCCGAUGCGCGGACCUCCUCCUCUUUCCCCUCACUGGCGCCCAAAGCGCUGCCAAAAGAGACGGCGCGGCGGCGGCAUGACGCUCAAAUGUGCCGCGGAAAACAGCUAUACGGCGCCAGCAGCGGCGGCGGCGCAGCAUGCAGAGCGAAGGCGGUGCGGAACAGAUUAGCCCCCAAUGUGCAGAGCGGCGUGCGGGGAAGCAAGCUACUUCUCUCUCUCUCACGCGCUCCACUUUGCUCGUACCGAGCGUUGAUGCGUGAAGGCGCAGCCGCAAGAAGAGGGCGGCUCGGCAUCCGAGCGCCGGCGGCACGCGGGCCGAGGAGGCACGGCGCGGCCCGCGGAGGGAGGAGAGGCAUGCCCCCAACAGCCAGGGUGCAGCUGAAGGCAGUAAGAGUCGCGGGGGCGAGAGGCGCACGCCAUACGAGACGAGGCUAGCCCAGCUGCACCCUGAACGACCUUCCUGCGCGCUGACCGGUGGCCGCGCGGUGAGGCCGAGCCGCACGGCGACGCGGCUGCUUCGGCC